AACUAAACGAGUCGAACAUUGACGAUUCGAGGCGGCUACUUUGACACCCUUAAUUGAAUAAUAUAGAACAGAAAAUUUAUGUUCUUUGUUAAGCUGAGAAAUCGAACUUUUUUCUUUUAAUCUCGGAUCGGCUCUAAAACCUCUGUUUGGCAUCCGAGAAAAAGGAGCUUCAGAAAAUUUCCUCGGUGAGUUGACGACGAACACCGCUCUAUCUGAAUCGUAGACUCCGACCUUCAUGGAGGAGAAAUCGCUCGCGGGCCCUAUCGCAACCGCGAAAAAGACGACGACGGCGCAGGAGCUUGCAUUAGAAGGGGAGAAGCUUCUGGAAGAAACUGUACAGGCAGCUUUCCAGAUUAUCUCCGCCAUGAACGACGAGCUCUGCAAUCCAACCCUGUGGUCCACAUCCGCCUCCAAUCAGGCGGCGGCGGCGACCAACGGCACCGUUUCAGCCGAUACCGCGGCGUUGGACGGAGCCUCCCAUCACACAGACUCCGGCGGCGGCGGAGGAAGCGGAAACAGCUCGCUCGACGAGGCUCGGCUUCGCUACAAGGACUCCGUCGCUUCCCUUCGUGCUGUUCUUGCUGCGAUUCCCACUUCACAAAAAGCAAAAGCAUCUGAAACAGCAGAUGGUCCAGGAUCUCCCAUGGAUGACGACGAGGUCGAAAAGUUGGAGGAGCGAGCCUCGAGUCUGAGAAAGGAGAUUGCAAACAAGAAUGUCCAUGUCAAAGCACUAAUAGAUCAAAUUCGAGCUCUGAUCGCCGAUAUCUCGACUUGGCAAAGCCCAUGUUCUCUGUGAGUUUUGUCUGAUGUGGAAUCAAUUUAGGUUGAGAUUAUAAUUCGUUGUUCGUUUAUGUCGAGUACCAUGUGUAAAAUUUCCUCCCGUUUCUGAGAUGAGAGUAGUAGCAACUGACAUAUACACACACAACACAAUGUGGCCUGUCGGAUUUGGACAAGCAUCGGACUAUAUGAUGUCGAAUCAAAUCAGACUUGGUCCAAA